AUGAAAGAACAAAAUGGUGGUGCUAUUAAGGACAUUGGUGACAGUAUUAAAAAAAAGCCGAGAAAAAACCGACGAAAACUAAGACAACCACUAACCGUCUCAAUAGCAAAUCAGCAAAAUAUUCUUGCUAUAGAUUGCGAGAUGGUUGGGGUUGGCAAAAAUGGUAAAAAAUCGGCGCUUGCACGAGUGAGUGUCGUUGAUUUUGAAGGAAACGUAGUGAUAGAUACGUUCGUGAAACCGGAUCAAGUUGUGACAGAUUAUCGUACUUUUGUCAGUGGAGUCACGAAAGAGAGCCUUGUUAAUGCUCGUGAUUUUAAAUCUGUUCAGAACGAAGUCAGACGAAUUUUACAUGGAAAAUAUGUGAUUGGGCAUUCAGUGUUUUUUGAUUUUCAGGCUCUAAAAUUCACUCAUCCCCGCCGUCUCACACGCGACACAUCUCUCUACGAAGGUUUUAUAAACCGUUGUCCACACCCAUAUCGAACUCCAUCACUAAAGCAGUUAGCCGCGAUAAUUCUUAAUGAGAGAAUCCAAGAAGGCGAACACGAUUCAAUUGAGGAUGCAAAAACGGCGAUGAAACUGUAUCGUAAAGUGGAGCAAGAGUGGGAGGAAUGGAUAGAGUUACAUGGAAUUGAUGCUGCUUAUAAAAAUAGACGUAUGGGGUGUUUUCGAUGUGGAUCGUUGGAACAUGUGGUUAGAGAAUGUCCUGUUCCAAGUGCAACUGGUUAUUAUAUGAGACGGCAACAGAAAAAUAAUAGUAAAGAAAUAAAGAUUGCUUGUAUAUAA